AUGACGAUUCGCAAGCUCGACCCAGCAUCUUUCGAAGAGUGGGAGAAAAGUGUUAGCGAGAAACGCGAGCCCCCCACGUUUGCGGAGCUCAAGGCGUUUCUCAUCGGUCGCAUCCACACCCUCGAAGCCGUGGAGCAAGCUCAUGCUCAUAAUCAAAUCGCGACGUCGAAACCGCACUCAUCGCAAGGAAGGUCAAAUCUUCAGACGACAAGGUCACAUACAGCGCAAUCAAAGGAACAGUCGUGUGCUUGUUGCAAAGGCAACCACUACAUUGCGUUCUGUUCGACCUUUCGCGACAAAUCUCUGGAUCAAAGAAGGAAAGUGGUUUCUGCGAAAAAGCUUUGCUUCAAUUGUCUCGGUCCACAUCAGCAGAAGGACUGUCGAUCCAACAAAACGUGUCGCGUGUGCAACGGUCAACAUCAUUCCUUCCUGCAUCGAAACUCUUCUUCAAUCUCGACAGCUGCCAACAGCGGCACAUCUCAAGGACAGGCCGCAGUAGCGCAACCUGCAGUGCAGAACGCACCGAUCUCGAACAGCGCCUCUCAGGUGAGCAACCACUCAGCUCAGCCUACAAUGAUCAAGCGCUCUCCAGUUCUUUUCGCCACAGUGCAAUUGAUCGCUUCGAAUCCGGAGACUGGAGAAAGAAUCAUCGCUCGCGCUCUACUCGAUCAAGGAUCCGAAAGUUCAUUCGUCACGGAGUCGCUAGCGCAACAAUUGCGACUACGUCGGCAUCAAGCAACGAUACCGAUCAUUGGCGUCGGAGCUCAUCAAUCGGCAGUGACUCGCGGCAUCGCGACAUUGCAACUCCAAUCUCGUGCUCACACCUCGUUCUCAUGUCAGGUGGAGGCACUCGUGCUUCCACGACUCACAUCGUAUCUACCCUCAUUUCGACUUCUCGUCGAAGACUGGCCUCAUCUACGAGGACUCAACCUCGCGGAUCCAAGCUUUGCACAUCCCAGUCAAAUCGACGUAAUUCUCGGAGCUGACAUCUACAGCAACAUCAUUGGUCAAGGAGUUAGAAGAGGAGCACCAGGAACACCAAUCGCGCAAGAAACUCAGUUCGGUUGGGUCCUCUCCGGCUGCGUUUCAGCGGAAGCAGCAAGCCCCUCGUAUAGCGCAGUCCAAGGCUUCCAAUGCUCCCUCGAUCACGAACUGCUCGAUCUCGUGCAGCAGUUUUGGAAGCAGGAAGAAGUGUCGAAACCUUUGGCACUAACUUCCGAAGAAGAGCGUUGUGAGCAACACUUUCGCGAAACGGUUUCUCGAACUGCGUCCGGUCGUUACGUAGUUCGGCUGCCGCUCAAAGACAAUUCGGUAGAGCUCGGCAACUCGCGGAAUCCCGCGCAUCAAAUGCUCCUUCGUUUGGAGAAACGGUUCGGUAGCGACGCGAAACUCAAGGAGGCUUACUCGAGCUUCCUUCGUGAAUAUCGUGAACUCGGGCACAUGCGUCGCGCUAUCAAUACACCUGAAGACAAUUCCCGCGUGUUUUAUCUUCCCCAUCACGGUGUAGUUCGCGACAGCAGUUCAACAACAAAGUUGCGUGUCGUGUUCAACGGGUCUCAAAGAACCAACCUCGGACUCUCUCUCAAUGACAAUCUUCUCGUCGGUCCAAAAGUGCAAACCGACCUCGCGGACGUUCUCUUACGCUGGCGACAAUAUCCAGUCGCGUUCUCAUCAGACGUCGUCAAGAUGUACCGACAAAUUUUGGUCCACAAUGAUGACCAAGAUUCUCAGCGAAUCCUCUGGAGGGAAGAACCAGAGCUACCGAUUGAAGAAUAUCAACUGACUACGGUAACGUAUGGUCUUGCAAGCGCUCCGUAUCUCGCGAUCCGUGUUCUUCAUCAACUCGUUCAGGACGAAGGUAAGCAGUAUCCCUUUGCGAGCCACGUCAUUCUCGAGAACACGUACGUCGACGACAUCCUCUCAGGAGCAGAGGACGUUGAUCAAGGUCGCGAGAAAAUCAACGAACUCAAUCAAUUGCUCAAGGCGGGCGGCUUUGAACUUUAA